AUGCCAAACGUCAGAUUCUGCAGUUCUUCGAGUAACAUGCAGGGGAAAGAAGCCGAGUCAUCAUCGCUGAGCUGGUCGUACGAUAGCAGCGAAGUCAUUGAUGGUCUGGCACGAAUUACUCUCUCUCAAAAUCAGCAGGAUGCUCUGGGCUGUCGGAUCAUGGAAGAAGUUUUCUUGGAGUAUCCUUGGGCCUACGUUCCUCGGCAAGGAGUCGUCGCACUACUGCGGGACGACGACUCCCAGCUCCUGCCCUUCAAGGACGACGUUGACAAGUACGAGGGGGACUUUUUCCUGGUUGGCUACGCAUCAACGGAGCUGGUAUCUUCGGAGUUCGUCAUCUGCCUGACGGAAGCGGCGAAAAAGACCAUCGAGAAACGUAACAAGGAGGUAAAACGACGGCUGGACAACCGCGUGCGUGGCAUGUUCUACAAAAUCCCGAAGCCCUGGGUGUCUGGAGGCAGCGAGAUCGAGGUAGCUGAAAACCUCGUGCGAAGACAGAGACCGCUCUUCGAAGUUGAGAUAUCGAUGCCCUCCGUCCUCCUUGGGAACGACCGAGAACUGACAGGCCGGAAGUCGACCGACGCGGAAGACACGGGCAUGGAAAUCGUUCCGAAACACGAGAGGUUCGAGCUGGUUCCAAUGUCACGACUUACCACCGCGGUACAGACCAACUUGCCAGGUCGGGAAGCUGGGGUCCAGACGCGUUUUGGGUUUCCUAAAAACGCCUGGACUCAAUACGGCUUUGAGUAUCCCGCCUCGGAAGCAUCGGCCUCAGAAGUUGUUGGCGAGGUUGAAAAGGAAGAGGAACAGGACGCUGAUGAGGAAGGUGGCUCGGCUGCUCAGCCUGAUCAGGAACGUCUUGUCAACGACGAGGAACCCGCUGAAAAACCGGAGGACGAUGACGAGCAGGCCGAGGAAGACGAGGCUCCGGAUCCAGUCGACCUGUUUCUGGACAAGUACGCGGACAAGGUGAUCGACGUGAUUGACUACAACGCGGCGUUGAAUCUCCACGUUCACGACAUCGAUGAGCUCGUGCUAAAGGGUAAGGAGUCCAGACCCAGGGAGCAGGUGGUCUUCGAGGAGUUCAAGUCCUUCAUUGACCUCAGUCUCGUCGCCGGAAAAGUGGUGUCCGAUCUUUCCUGGCAUCCGACUUUGACCGGGGUCGCAGUCGUCUGCUACACCGAUGUGCCGAAGUGUGAUCUUGUCCAGGGCCCGUCGGUCGUCAGGAACGCGAAGUCGUCCUUGAAUCGUAACGAGUCCGUAGUCCUGGUGUGGACCUUCGCCGAUUCCAUGGCACCACGGUUGAGGCUGGAGCAUGAUCGACCUGUUAGCACUGUGUCCUUCUGCCCAUUUCGACCGGAUGUCCUAGUCGCAGGGUGCGAUACCGGUCACAUCGCCAUUUGGGACUUUCGCGGUAGAUUAACGAAGUGCAGUGUUGAUAACUGCUGCGUGAAUCAACCGGAAGUCGGAUUACCGAAUGACUAUGUGGUGGUUGGAACCAACGACUGUCAACCCGUUCCAGUGAUAAGCUUAUCCGCCGUUUCUAACGAAUUGCAAUCCCACCAUGGCGCUGUUAGACACAUACAAUGGCUUCCACCUUAUCAUCGCGUCGAGAGUGACGGACGACUGAGCACUCUAGCUGAUAACAAGACUGUACAAUUCCUCACCGCAAGCGAAGACGGAUGUGUCGCAGUUUGGGACCUGUUGUGGGAACCUCGAGCUACGACAUCCUCGUCCCUCACUGAACGAGGGAGUUUUAAACCCCCGAAAAUUCUGUGCGAUGAGUUUUCCACUGGGACAUCGGAGCUGAAGAAGAUCGAUGGACUGCUCAGGCCGAUCUAUUGCGUCUACAUGCAAGUACCGAAAGAGGUUCGAAAUCUGCCGGUUAUCAGUCUUUUCAUCCAACCCCCGCUGACCACUUACGAAGAAGUUCACUCCGUGCAUCGACCCUGCAGCAGGAUCCUCGAGCCGGAAGAUGACGGAGAGAGUCACUUCUCGACGCGGACAUUCGAGCCAAACUUUUCCAGGACCAAAAACGAGUGUCAGAAACAGUUUUGGGCCGGUUCUCCAGAGGGUGAUUUUCUAAGCUGCUCUUGGGAGGGUCACGAGUUCACGGAGGUCGCUUCCUCUGAGAGUUGUCGGUUCCUCGGGUGGUCCCGGGUUCACGACGGUCCGGUCACCUGGAUCAGCCAGUCGCCCCAUUUAUCGGAAGUCCUGCUCACCGUGGGGGGUCGUGAUUUCGCCGUGUGGAGUCGGGACUUUCUCCAGUCCCCUCUGCUCCUGAGGAAAUCUCAGGAGGGCUACACAGCCUGCUGCUGGACCAGUAGACCAGGUGUUUUUCUCGUCGCCAGAAGCAGCGGUGACGUCGAGACCUGGGACCUCUGCUUAAACACCAGCGAGUGUUUGGCCCUCCAGUGUAUUUCCGGUAAACGGAUCACCGGCUUGUAUCCCCACGUGAUACCGCUGGAGCCGAAUUUCGUCGGGGUCUGUGACCACAACGGAGCUCUGCGAGUCUUUAAGGAGCCGUCGUUUUUUUGCGAGGAUAAACCGAGGAGAAUCGAAUGGCUUGAGAAAUUCGUCGCGAGGGAAAUCAAGAGGAAGCAGGAGUUCACCGCUUGGGAGACGAACUUUUUGAAGACCGAUCCGCACCGCUUGCAGAGGAAGGCGUCGAGGGCGGCUGACGAAGCUAAACGUCGGCACGAAGAGGCCAGGGUUAAAUUUCAGAAGGAACAAGAGGAGCUCGCCAGACUCGAGGAAGAGAGAAAGGCUAGACUUGUUCCGAAAACAAAAGCGGAAAAAUGGAGAGAAUCGGAUCUCGACAGAAUGCGGUCUAUCCUGCUGACCAAGAAGGGAUUUGACCCUGGGGAACUGGAGGCCAUGAGGAAGCCGCUUGUUCAGCAGGAAGAGGAAAGGUCGAGGAAGCUGAAAAUGGCCGAGGAACAGGUUAAACAGAGCGAAACCUACUACAGAGACGCAAUUUCUCUCAAGCUUCCAAAAUUACCAGAGAAAACGUCGGCGGGUCAUUUCGACCCUCUUGUCUCUUUGCCCGAGGAAAUAUCCAUCGAGAAAAAAAGAGCUGAUGGCAAACUUCGUUAUGAGACGAUUCGCGCUCAAGCCGAGAAGAAAAUAAGAGGAAAUCUGGAACCUCGGGAGUUUGAUCCAAGGAUUAUGACCAGCGAUGCUCGACGUAGGCGCAGAGAACUUGAUCUCGAAUAUUUAAAAAGGAGCAGAAAAGAUGAACGACUGACGAAAAUCAAAGCUAACGCCCUUGGCUGAUGGAAUUGCAGACGGCUAAUUCGAGUAGAUAUUGAGAUUAAGAUUAGUCGCCGAUAAGCGUGAUAUCACAAUUUCAAAAUCGGCUUGCACAUUCUUUUCCCAGUGAUUAUCGGUCAAGAUUAGUAUCAUCACCUUGUUGUUUAGUUGCAGCACUAUCACUGCGAGCCUUUGUCUCCUUUUCCUUGUUUACAUUU